UUGAAGAAGAAAUGGGCACUUUCCAUCUCUGCUCUCAUUAUCUUCAUCCUACCACUUCUCCAAAUUUCAAAACCCUAACCCCAAUACAUGGAAACCCUAAAUUCCCCUCCCCCCCCAAAGCACGCUGCUCCUAAUCCAUCCCUCUCUUUCUGCUCUAAAAACAACCCUCCCCCUCCUGCUGAUAACAUUCCCAGUAACUUUUGCAUCAUUGAAGGACCGGAGACUGUUCAAUACUUUGUGAAGAUGCAGCUGCAGGAAAUUGAAGAUAAUAUUAGGAGUAGGCGCAAUAAGAUCUUCCUCCUUAUAGAAGAGGUAAGGAGAUUACGAAUACAACAGCGGAUAAAGAAUGUGAAAGUGAUCAAUGAGAACGGCGACGAGGAAACAGACGAGAUGCCUGACAAUCCAUCUUCAAUUCCUUUUUUCUCUCAUGUGACACCGAAGACAAUGAAGCAACUGUAUUUCACAAGCCUGGCGUUUAUAUCUCGAAUAAUUGUAUUCGGAGACCUUAUUGCGCCAACGCUGGAGCUAAAAUUAGGUCUAGGAGGCACCUCGUAUGAAGAUUUCAUACGCAGCAUGCAUCUGCUGUUGCAGUUAAGUCAGGUUGACCCUAUCGUGGCAUCGUUUUCAGGAGGGGCGGUGGGUGUCAUUUCAGCCUUGAUGCUAAUCGAAGCCAACAAUGUUGAACAGUAGGAGAAGAAAAGGUGUAAAUAU